AUGUUGCAAAUUCGGGAUGAGUUCGCGAUUAGCCGCAAAGUGUUUCAGUUAAACAUGCAGCUGCUGGCGUUUUUUGUGUUAUGGAUCGGAUUAACUGUUGCUCUUAAUGAAAUGGUUGAACAACCGAUAAAACAUCCCGAUUGCCCAUUGAUUGACGAUCCAAUGCAUCCUGUACAAUUGCCCCACCCCACCAACUGCAGAAAGUAUUAUACUUGCAAAAAUAGGUAUGCUUACGCAAUGUUAUGCGAAAAUGGGCUUCAAUGGAAUAUUUUGACAUAUCGCUGUGAUUUUCCCUCAGUUACAAAAUGUUCCACUAGCAUUCCUGAUUCGAUAUAUCCAACGAAUCCAACCGACAUCAGUGCAUAUCCCACAUUGGAAAAAUUCUUUUUUACAUCAGACUCGGCAGACUGCAACAAGUUCUAUAAAUGCAUUCCAAUGCGUUGUCCUUCUUACAUGUAUUGGAAUUCUUUGCUAGAGCGAUGCGAUUUACUACAAAAUGGGGACUGCAAAAAUUCGCCACAGAUAUGGACACUUCCUCCAUAUAUUGAUAAUUCCAUAGCAACUGCUGCAACUCCUCCAACAGCAGCACAAGGGGAUCGAGAGCCACCUUCAUAUAAUCCGGAAUACGACACUGAUACCACCAAUUUCUUACCUUUAUGCAAUACCCCCGGAGUUGAUUACGUGAGACAUCCUUUUGACUGUCAUAAAUUUAUACAAUGCGAUGCCUUUGCAACGGUACAAAUCUGUGGGAACGGUCUUUUCUGGAACUCGGAAGUAAUGGCCUGUGAUCGUUACUGCAAAUAA